GGAAUAAGUAGCCUCCACUUCUCCCUUACGUGCCACAGGAUACCCCUCCUGAGGCUUCCGAUGAGUCAUAAAUAGUUGGAUUCAGAUGGUCUGUGAGAAACAAGAAGAUGGGUUCGAUAUCCCCUACUGCUAAUUACACUUUUCUUAACAAAAGACUUACUGACACUUGGAUGAACUAUUUCAGGAAUAAGUUCACGAAUUCUUCUCAGGACCUCCCUAAAAUCAUUCUAAUAUUGUCUUUGAUCUGCACAAUUGGAGCAUUUUUGAACCUACACUUGAAAGACUUUCCAGUUCCUCUCCCUGUGAUAUUAUUUUUAAUUGGAGGCACUUUUGAAAUAUUAAGUUUUACAUUUGACCAGGUCCAAAGUUAUACAGAUUCUAUACAAUGGAUGGAUCCAGUUCUUUUUUUUGAUUUGUUUACACCAGUAAUUUUCUUUAGUGUUGCAUUUGACAUGGAUAUUUACAUGCUCCACAAGAUAUUUUGGCAGAUACUUCUAAUUACAAUUCCUGGCCUUUUAGUGAAUUAUACCUUAAUUCUUUGGUAUCUGUCAUCUGUGAAUAAAUUAAAUUUGAAAAACACCCCAUGGUUAUUAUUCUCGGCUAUCCUUGUGUGUUCAGAUCCCAUGCUGACUUCAAAUUCUAUAAGAAACCUUGGUCUUUCUAGAGACCUCAUCAAUUUAAUUAAUGGAGAAAGUCUGAUGACCGCUAUAAUAUCUUUUAUUAUGUUUAAUAGUAUUGUGGAUGUUAACACCAGCCUGAAAAGUGUGAACAUUUCCUUAGCCCAUAGAAUCAUGGAUGAUAUAUGGUCAUAUUUUCUAGCGAGUUUCUUAUUUGGAAUGCUAAGUUCAAAACUGAUUCAAUUGUGGAUGUCUGCUGUUUUGGGUGAUGACGUCAAUCACCUAAGUCUCAGCUUUUCAGUUCUGUACCUCAUCUUUUUUAUUUGUGAGCUAGUUGGAAUGUCUGGAAUAUUAACCGUGGCUUGUAUGGGACUGUUUUUAAAUUCUACAAGUUUUAAACCAGGAGUUGAAGCAGUACUUCUGGAAUUCUGGAAUUGUCUAUCAUUUGUUGCUUUUCUUAUGGUGUUUACUUUCACCGGACUUCUAAUUCCUGCACAUAUGUAUUUAUAUAUAUCAUUUUCUGAUAUAUAUUAUUCAUUAAAUAUAUACUUCACACUUACUGUUAUAAGACUUCUGGUCAUUCUAUUAAUGAGCCCUCUUUUGUCUCGACUUGGUGAUGGGUUCAACUGGCGCUCGGCAUUCAUAAUGGUCUGGAGUGAAAUGAGAGGGAUACCUAAUAUAAACAUGGCCCUUCUGCUUGCUUACUCUGAAUUUCCUCUUGCAUCUGAGAGGGAAAAAUUGCAAGUAUUAUUUCAUGGAGUGUCAGUGUGCAUACUUACCCUGAUGGUCAAUAGAAUUAUUUUGCCAAUGGCAGUUAAUAAACUAGGACUUCAUGACAUCACAACAAAAUAUAAAUCACUUUGUUAUACAUUUCAACACUUUCAAGAGAUAACCAAGUCUGCAGCCUCUGCACUCAAAUUUGAUAAAGAUCUUGCUAAUGCAGAUUGGAGCAUGGUUGAGAAAGCAAUUAUACUUCAAAACCCAUAUACAUUGAGCCAAGAAGAAACAACAGAACAUCAAAAGGUGAACUGUCCAAACUGUAAUAAGGAAAUAGAUGAGACCCUUAAUAUUGAAGCAAUGGACCUGGCCAACAGGCGUCUCUUGUCGGCACAAAUAGCAAGUUAUCAGAGACAAUACAGAUAUGAGACUCUAUCCCAGAGCGCAGUCCAGAUGCUGGUAGGUGCAGCAGGAAGCUUUGGUGACAAGGGAGAAUGUAUGAGUCCUGAGACUAUAAAGAAUUAUUCUGAAAGCAAAAAAGUUCUUAGCUUUAUUAGAAAAGUAUUGCUUAAUUGGGUGUAUAACACUAAAAAGGAAAAAGGGGUCCCAUCAAGACAUUUCUUUCUUCGUGUAUGCCAUGAAAUAGUAUUUACUGAUGAAUUCGAGUAUGUCGGAUACCUUGUGAUACUAAUGAAUCUGUUCCCUCUUUUAAUUGGUUUGAUACCCACCUUACAUGAUAUCUAUGAAAGUGAAUUAAUAUAUUCUAACUACUCUUUUCUUGGAUUUUAUAUCCUGGAGUCCCUAAUUAAGGUAGCAGCAAUGAGAAAAGAAUAUUUUUUACAUACCUGGAACUUAUUUGAAUUAGCAAUUACACUUAUUGGCAUCAUAGAUGUAAUAUUUAGUGAGACAUAUUUCUUUUAUACUUUUGAUUUCAUUCAAACAGUGAUCUUUUUACAAACUGUUCGAUUUCUCCGCAUGCUACGCAUUUUGAAGCUCAUAACACCAAGGUUGCUGCAAUUCAUAGAUAAAAAGUUGAGUCAUCAGCUAUCCUUUAGGUAUGCUAUACUAAAAGGAUAUGUCCAAGGUGAAACAGACAUAAUGACUAUAAUUGAUCAGAUUGCAAGUUCUAAACAGGUUAAACAGAUGUUAUUAACGAGGAUAAUGAGGAAUACGGUACAAGCUAUGAAAGAGCUAGGCUACUUAGAGUAUGAUCACCCAGAAAUUGCUGUCACUAUGAAAACAAAGGAGGAGAUUAAUGUCAUGCUCAAUUUGGCUAAAGAAAUUGUUAAGCUUUUCAGGUUAAAAGGAAUUCUUCAUAAAAUUGAAGCUUCGGAAAUUAAUAAGUUAAUAAUGGCCAAAAAAAGAGAGUUACUUGAUUUUCAACCUAUUAUCAAGACUCUUACUAUUGGUGAAGCACUAUACCAUAUUCCAUGGCUAGGUAAAGGGAAAAACCAUAUAAAAUUUUUUAAGGAAAGAACCCUAUUGGUAACAUAUGAUUGUGGAAAUGAUAUAUUUGAAGAAGGUGAUGAGCCCAAAGGAAUUUACAUAAUUAUUUCAGGCAUGGUAAAGCUUCAAAGAUCAAAGCCAGGUUGGUUAAUUGACCAAAUAUUCUGGGAGUUGGAGGAGAAAGAUCAUCAGAUAACUUAUACAGACUAUGUGCUCAGUGGGGAAAUAAUAGGAGAGCUGAACUGUUUAACUAAUGAACCCAUGAAAUAUUCUGCUACCUGCAUAACUGUAGUGGAGACAUGUUUUAUUCCCAAAAAUCACUUGUAUGAAUCUUUUGAACAAUGUCCUCACAUUGAAUAUAACAUGUGGCGAAAACUUGGACUUUCUGUUACUGCCCAAAAGAUCAGGGAACAUUUAUCUUAUGAGGAUUGGUCCUACAAGAUGCAACUAAAGCUCUGUAACAUUCAUGUAAAAGAUAUCCCAAAGAACACCAAGAUUGAUAUCUAUGAUGAAAAUGCAAUUUAUGUCAUCCUCAUGCAUGGAGCUGUAGAAGAUUGUCAGUUACGAAAAGCUUAUAAGGCACCUUUCUUAAUUCCUAUAACAUGCCAUCAGAUACAAGGUACUGAAGAUUUCACAAAGGUAAUGAUUGUUCAAACUGCUAUUGAUGUGAAAAAAUUUGAAUGGAACACUAGAAAGGAUGUGCCCUCACACGAACGGCAUGUUUCAGCACGAUCAGUAUCUCUAACGAAAAUAUGUGAAGAUGUCAUUCAAGGUGAUACAACUUUUGAGACUCAACAGUCUACAAAACUACUUGGUAGUGUCACAGAGAAGACGAGCAUCUAUGAGAACACCUAGAAUAAACCUAGAUGAAAUCCUGGAAUGGUUGACAACCCUGUUUUGAAGACUGAGGCAUGUAUUAUUUGCUGUUGUCACGAGAGGGAGCAACUUCAAGCUGGGUCCUGUGUGGAUACUCUUGGUGCCUCAUGGAAAGAAGUUUGGACCUUGCAACCAUUCCUUUAAAAAUACAUCUUUUUCUUUCCCGAAUUUCCUUGAUUUAAAAUAUCUAUUACUUUAAACAUCGAAAACAUCUCAGAAAAAUCUUAGAGUAAGUUUUAGUUUUAGAGCCAGAAAAGAAG